ACGUGACAAAGAAAAACUGGAGAACCUUCUCGAUAAAUCAGUUUAGGGAAGGCAGUUCAACAAGGAUGGACAGAGGCGAAAGCCACAGCGCUGCAAUUUGCAAGUUAUGUGGGGAGGCCUUCACGCUUUCUGAGGAUGAUAUCCCUGGCAAUCUCCCUCGUGUGCUUUUAUGUGGCCACAUCUAUUGCACAUUUUGCCUGCAGUCUCUUGAAUGUGACAGUGUCAUCAGAUGUCCGGAGUGUGAGGUUGAGUCCACUCUUCCCGAAGGGCAAGUGUAUGGUCUGCAGGAAGACAGCAGAAUCAUAGGCCUUAUCUACACUACUAAAAUAAAUAAGAUGAAAAGAUGUGACAAAUCAAAGAACCGCAAAAAGAACAAGGCAUCACCAUCCACAGACACUCAUGUCAGCUCUGAUAUGGAGCAGCCAGCUGAUAUUGAGAAGAUUCAGAAGACUGUAGAUGAGGCAUUGGCUCAGGCUGCAGAAACUCUUGCCCAGCUUGUGCACAUCCAUGAGACACUGACGACUGGUCUGGAAGAACAAGUGAAGAGAGAGGUAGCUCGGCUGGAGAUGGAGAUCAAGCAAGCUGCAGACAAGGCUUUACAUGCUGUUCAAAACUGGAAAGACGCACAGAUGAGCCAGCUGACAAAACUGGAGACAAAAUUCUCAUCCAGCCAAGCAGCAGUGCGCCACAUCCAGGAGCGAAUAAAGGCAUUGGAGAUUGCCAUGCAGAUGGCCAGAAAAGUGCGCCGUGUCCCCUUUUUGGAGCAGUACUGCAUACUAGAUAAGGUAUUAGAGACACUGCAGGCUCCAGUGGAUGACCAGUUGAUUGAUAUGAAAUGCAUUACCAUGGGGACUGGAAUGAGCUGUGUUUUCCAGUUAGAGUGUCUGAAUGGGAAUUUAGCAUUGUCCUUGAAGAUGGAAGUCAGCGACCCAAAAGACCUGGCUCAGUCCCCACCCAAAAGCUACCUACCAGGCAGGUUUGGUAGAAAGUCUCACUUGAAACGUCCAGAUGGCAGAAACAGCAGGUGUAUUCCACGCAGUGACAAAAUCCACACCCCACCAAAGCAGCGCCAGCAGAGUCCAAGAGCUAACAGUCCAUCAUCACGAGGCUCCUCUCCAAGCCCAAGAGCUCGUUGCAGGUUCAACCUUUCUCGCCAUAGCUCAGCUUCAGACCUUGGAAGCCCAGAUGUGAUUAUUGAGGACUUUUUAGAUGAGGGACAAGCCCUCCCUCCAACUGGGCCUGAACUGGCCAGUGACAAACUAAGAAUUAACAGGAGAAGAAAACAUCAGUUCUCUGCUAUUAAGAGAAGUGCAGUCACACAGUGGGUGGUGGUAACCCACAUUGUGAAUCCAAGUCAGUUCUAUGUCCAGUCUGUGGCUGAGAGGAGAGAAAGUGAGAUCCUUUCAGACAAAAUCAACCAACUCUGCAGUGGAGAUGGUUGCAGCUUCACUGUAAAGGACACAGUGGAAACAGAAUCCUUGAUCUUUGUAAAGUGGAACGAGGGCCACUGGUGUCGGGCUAGAGUGGUCGAAGUCUUGCAGAAAGGCUCUUUAGAGCCUGUGAAAACCUGUGCAGUCACCCAGCUGGCUAGUAUCCGAGUUUUUUUCCUUGAUCAUGGACUCACAAAAAGCAUCACCAUAAAUAGCGAAGACGGGGCUACUGAGGCUUCACUGAGUGCUGUGAACAACCAGCUGAGAAAAGUGGGUAGAGCCGUAAAAAAUGACUUGGCUCACUUUGCCCCAAUGGUCAUCAGAUGUUCACUCAAGGACCUGGUGCCUUAUGAUGUGACAAAGGGCUGGAGUAAAGAGGCACAGGUUGAAUUCCGCAAUGUGGUUGGCUCUGCAGCAGUGGAGAUGCGGCCUUUGGGUCAGGACCGAGAGUCUUUGUUGGUAGACCUGCGGAAAGCUCCCAUGGAACAGUUCAGCUCCAGUGUAUUCAUCUCUAUCAGAGAGUAUCUUGUUUUCAUUGAAGUAGCCAGGUUUUAUUCUCCAGUGACGCUGAGCAGGAAGCCUCUGCUGUACUACCCUCCUGUAUAUCCCAAGAUUAACAGCAAGAUCAGUGCUAUGGUGUCCCAUAUCAACAACCCUGCUAACUUCUACAUCAACCUGGUUGACAACAUGGAGUUCAUGUUGUUCUCAGCCAAGCUUCAAGAGUUCUACAAUGAUCUUGCAUUGCUUGAAGAAGACAAGCUCAGCAUCUACUGCCCUGUGAUUGGACAAUCCUGUGUUGCCCGUUUAGAUGAUAAGCUGUGGUACAGAGCUCAGGUGAUAGGGCAUCCAGGGGGAAGAAAAGUGGAGGUUCAGUUUGUUGACUUUGGCAACAGGAAAAUCUUGUCAGUCAGCGACUUGAGGAAGAUCAAAAAUGAGUUCUUUGCCCUUCCUGCAAGGGCAAUCAACUGCUGUUUGUCUGAUGUGAUUCCUGUGGAUGGAGAGUCUUGGACCGAUGCGUGUACUAACAGAUUCAUCAGCCUAGCAAACCAAAAACUGGUUACUAUUAUAGCUACAGGACAAGGCCCUAAGUCUGAGCCUCUCCCAGUAAAACUGUUUCAAGGUGAGGUGAAUGAGCCACUAACCAACAUUGCUGAACUGCUGGUCAAAGAGGAGCUGGCCUGCUUCAAAGAGAGCCUGAACCCUAAGAAUGCCUGGCCCUCUGGUGAUGAUUCAGCCAUAUGGGACCCUCCACUUGAGGUUGGAUUAGCAACAGGGCUAGUUGAUGUCCCAGACCAAAUAAUCUCUGGAAACCAAAAAGAGGACCCACUUGAGCCUCAGCUGAAGCUCCCUGCCCAACUCAAAGACCUGAAAGUGAGAGUCUGCCAUGUCAACUCUCCAAGCAGCUUCUAUGUCCGCUUCGCCCAGUAUGACUCUCAGCUCAAAAGGAUAUGUGAACUGAUAAAGCAGGAGUGUGCACAAAUAGAGCCCCAGGAUGUGGAAUGGAAGGCCGAUAUGUACUGUGCUGCACUCUUUAAUGGAGUUUGGGAGAGAGCACAGAUAUGCUCUGACGUCACAUCUAGCGACAGUGCAGAGGUGAGACUGUGCGAUCACGGAAAGAUGAUGAAGAUCGAUGUCAGUAACCUGCGACCGUUGCCAUCUUCCUUGAUUGGCUCCCUAGCACUUGAGUGCACUCUUCACGACAUCAGGCCCGCGGGAGGCCGAUCUACCUGGUCAAAUACAGCCUGUGACUCAUUCUCCUACUACUUGACAGGAGCCUCGGCUGUUAUGACGAUCAAGGAGUUAACAGAUGAGCGUCCAGUACCUGUCACUUUGUUCUGCUCCAAUAGAAUGGGAGAGUUUAUCAGCAUUGCAGACUUUCUGCUUAGUGAAGGCCUCGCGCUCAGGCAAAGAAAACCAAGCAAUAUUAAUGUUCAGCAACCCAAAGACAUGGAUCCACCAUCUACAGUGAGAGAGGUACAAAACAAGAGUGAGACAGAAACCAGUUGCCCAUCUGUUCCUGUUAUUUCCUUCCCCUUCCAGUCAUCCACUGUCAGUGGUCACAUGCCUCCAAAACCAGCCCCUCGCUCCAUUAUGACAGCUGAGAAGGUAAAGACUUCAUUGUACCAACCCCCAGAGCUGCCAUGUCUUGGUCACAUUCAGAUAAGCAUUUCUGCUGUUGGAGAGGACGGUCUCAUUUAUGUGAGAACACAAAAUGCAGGUUAUCAGCUGGAGCAGCUUAAGGAGAGGAUUCAGCAGAGCAUGAAGGCAUUGCCCAGACAGAAGCCCUACACCUGGAAAUCAGUCUUGGGCUGUGCUGUCAUUGGACCUGACAUGUUGUGGUACCGAGGACAGCUGCUGGAAGUGCUGGGAGGGCAUGUUAAGGUGCAGUAUGUCGAUUAUGGUCUGGUGGAGAACAUCCCGGUGGUUCAUGUGUACCCCAUCCUCCUGUGUGACGAUGUACCUCAGCUCUGCAUGAUCUGCCAGCUGCUUGGCAUCAACCCUGUUGGUGGUAAAUGGCAGCAGGAUGCAGUGGCCUUGAUGAGAGAGGUGUUACUAAACCGCAGUGUGGACAUGAACGUUGUGGAGCUGCCAGCUGAUCCAAGAGGACCUGUCACUGUUGAGCUCUUCAUAGAUGGUUUGAGCCUCAGCAGGAUCCUUUGCCAACAUGAACAUGCCUCCGUGGAUCGGACUGUGUUGCCAGAUAAGCGCCUCACAGUGAUGCCUACUGCUCCCGUCUUUGAUGUCUGGGAUAUUAACACUGAGGGUUUGAGAGACCCAGAGGAGCUAAUGCUGGGGUCCUUUACCUACCCGAACUUGCAACAGGAGGGGGAGCACUUUAAAGUUGUGGUCAAGCAUAUGUGUACCCCCAAUGAGCUCUUCCUGUGGCCUUUGGAAGGAACGGCUCAUGUAAAGGUUAACGGAGAGUCUCUAGAUGAAGCUUUGACCAGAAUCAAUAGAAACAUUGACACGCUGCCACAACUUGGCAACUUCCCCGAGGGUGGUCCAUGUCUCGCUGAGUACAGUGAUGGAAAGUACUAUCGAGCCAGGUUGAUGAAGUUCAUCAGUGCAGAACCUGUCACGCUCCUGGUACAACACGUCGAUUUUGGCUCUGAUGACACUCUACCUACCAGCAAGCUGCGCCAAAUGCCAGCUGAGCUGCUGGAGUUUCCAUGUAGGGCACUAAAAGUCAAAGUUGCUGGCUUCAAAGCUCCGAGUGUCACAAGGGAGGAAAAUGUGCUGCCCUACAGCCCCAAAUGGAGCAUGAAGGCUGCAAUGGAAAUGAUCGACCUGUUACACAAAAAGAUCACAGCCUCCGUUGUGGUUCAAGAACCAGAGCUCACAGUGCUGCUGUACAGCGAGGAUGGAGAGUUAGUCCAUCUGCCUCUGGUGACCAAAGGACUGGCGGAACUUGAGUAAAGUGGAAAGACACCCUCCAAACACUGUUCAGGCUUCCUGGCUCAGUUUGUUUUCAGUUCAGGUUUUGUGAUCUUCUGGUUUUCUUUUUAUUGUUCUAUUUGUGUUCCUAGUUUUUAUAUAGUACAGAAAUGUUCUAUUUAAUUUUAUUGUUCCUGCACAGCAGAGAUUUAAGUUUGCUUGUUUUUUUAAGCCGUUUAUGUAGCACUUUGUUUUCUUGUUUGUUUUACUGUAUGAAGGUGCUAAGUAAAAUAUUCCCAUGUUCACUGA